AUGCCGAAACGUUCCUGGAACCACGUCGACGGAGCAGCGACACAGCCAGUCCGUCGUGGCUCCAAUAAAACCGCAACAACUGAUCUACAGAUCAAAUCCGGAAGUCCAAGUAGCCCGGAUGAGAUCAAGGCCAACUUCUCUCACCCUCCCACUCCGACAUUGACGGACGCCGGGUCAGAACCUCGAUCGGCGAAAUCCGGAUCUCGUCGUAGAGCUGCCAGUGCUCAUUCGGAUGACAAUGAGCAGAUUGCGUGGCCGUCUAUUACGCGGAAGGUAAAGGCAUGUGCUGCUUGUCGGAAGCAGAAGAUCAAAUGUGACAUGGACGAUGAUGUUCCUCCGUGCAAACGCUGUAAGGAAAGAGGCCUAUCGUGCAAACUUAACAAGAGCUUGCAAACUCUCAUUGAUGAAGAGUCUAGAUGGCGCAAAACAGUUAGCCAUGAUUUGACUAUUAUGCACUCCGCACUCGAGCAGACCUUACGAGCAUUAAACCUCCCAUCGUUACCUUCUCUACACACCCCGUUACCAGAGACUGGCAGUAUUCCAGAGGCUGAAGUGUCCAUUGCUCCCACGGUCGACUUGUCCACCACCAGAGACCCUGAAUUCUCUCCGCAACUUCACCCUGCCGAGGAAACUUCGGCACAUGUACCCAUUGAAUCUCUGUACGAACUAACCCGCCUACGCUCGCUACGAGGAGAGGCAAUUGAUGAACGAUCAUCUGAUCAUGACGAUUUCAUCUCCCGCGGGCUGGUUCCUAUCGACGAAGCCGAGAAAUUAUUCCACUUUUACCAGACACAGCUUGAUCCAUACAUCUAUGGUCUCGCCAGCAAAUAUAAGACAUUGGAAAGCCUACGUAGGAGUUCCUCGUUACUCACAGCCUGCAUCUGCACAGUGGCAGCUUCACAUCAGGCAGGUCAUGGUCAACUCUACGAAACAUGCAAUCAAGAAUUUCGCCGACUAGUUUCGGGCUCGAUGUUUGAACGCCGAGUUAGUCUGGAUUACCUGCGCGCAUUAGUGAUUGGCUCGUAUUGGUUGAGCGACGUUUCAUGGACACUAGCUGGCCUUGCUGUCCGACGGGCAAGCGAUAUCAAUCUCCACAAAUUCUAUUAUCGUAUUAUCGAUUCUGCGAAUGGGUUGGCGCAAACACCGGAUAGCUGGGAUCCGUCUGACCCGGAAGCUUCGAUUGAUCCUGUUCGAUUGUGGUAUUUGCUGUAUAUCUGUGAUCAGCAUUUGUCGAUAUUGUAUACUCGAGCGCCCAUGAUCCGUGAGGAUGACACCAUCCGUGGAUGGCGCGCAUAUCUCGAGUCUCCGCACGCUUCACAGUCGGAUAUGCGAAUAUCGUCGCAAGUAGCACUCAUGACACUGUUGAGCCAGAUCCGAGAAUUUUUCGGGGUCGAUGCUUCCAAAUCUAUUCCUCGCGGAGCAAUGCCUCAUAUCAACACAUUUAGCCAUCAACUCGAUAAAUGGCUGGCCCAUUGGUCCUCUAAACUCCGCCCCAACGAGCACAUCGGCAACUUCCCUUCCAAAGGAGUCCUCCUACACUAUCACUUUGGCAAACUCCAUCUUUACUCCCACGUCUUCCGCGGCCUCAAAUCCGGCGAUCACAUCGAACACAUCCCCUCAUAUUUCAAGGAUGCAGCCUCAACAGCCGUAUCCCACGCGACCACCAUCCUCGAAUUCUUAUUAAACGACGCCGCCAUCCGACGCAGCAUUGUUGGUGCACCACACUAUUUCCAUACCAUGAUCUCACUCGCAUGCGUCGUACUACUCAAAGUCGCGGAUCGGUAUCGUGACGACCUCGGCAUUGAUGUCGCGGGUACAUAUACACUUAUCCAGCGAGUUAUCGAUUUUUUCAGACGAGUAAACUGUGGCCAGUAUCAUCUCGUUCAUUGGAUGGCCGAUGGACUUGCGAAGAUGCUCCAACAGUCCUCCCAGUAUUCGCGCGGUAGUCCGAGCAGCAAUAACAGCAGCAGCAUUUCACACUCAGUCACCGCAUUUCCAUGGGAAACCACACAUACAACUUCCCAAACUGCAAGAGGACUCAACACAAUGAGUCCCUCUCUUGUGCACCACCACGACAGCUCCUCGUCAGUUGAUAAUACCCUAUUCAACAGCGUCACCGAAAUACCCGAACAACCAUCCUUCUUGUCUCUUGACCCGAAUUUCGGAAAUAUCAAUACCGAAGAAGACGAUCAUCACGGUAUGAUGAUGGGUGGUAGCGUCGGAGGUGCUGCCGGAGGUGCAUUUUUGCCGAUGUUGGAUGGUCUUGAAGCUGGUGGUGAUUAUGGGUUAACUGAUAUGGGCUUUAAUUUCAUCUAAUUU